UAAUGGUGCUCCCACAUUGCCGUUAUAAAAUGUUUGUAAACAUUUUAUAACACCAAAACAUUUACUAACAAAUGUUAACAAUUGUUGCACUUUGUUAGAAACUGUUACAUGUUAUAAGUGCUCCUACAUUGAUGGAAAAUGUUUAAACAUUUUAUAACAUCUAGUAUUGGCUCGCAGUUUGGUUUCGCCUUCUGAGGGCUGAGGACGUCUACACGAAAAUGGAAGAAGAUUUGCUCAUUGGAAUAGCUUUUAUUUUUUGUUUAAAAAAGAAGAAAAAGCGCUCUUAUUGGAUGCGCCAAACGCUAAAAGCUAGAGGAAAAUAUAGUGCCACAGACUAUCUCAAGGAUUUAGGUAUUGAUGGUUGCUUAAAAGAUUUUAUAAGAAUGAACAGUUCCGAAUUUGAAUAUCUACAAAAUUUAAUUGGGGCAAAAAUAGGCAAACGAGACACUACAUUUAGAAAAUCUGUAAGUGUGACGGAAAGACUUGCGGUAACGUUAAGAUUUUUGGCAACUGGUAGCAGUUAUAAAAGUCUUGGAAAUGUGUUCAAGUUGUCAGACCAAGUGAUAUCUAUUAUCGUACCAGAAGUGUGCGAGGCUCUCAAUGAGGUUUUAAAGGAAUACAUACAGAUACCAACAACACCUCAAGAGUGGCUACACGUGGCAAAUUCAUUUGAAGAAAAAUGGAAUUUCCCAAAUUGCUUAGGAAGUAUCGAUGGAAAGCACGUAGCCAUACAAAAGCCAAUUGAUAGCGGCAGUGAAUAUUACAACUAUAAAGGAUUUUACAGCGUUGUACUUUUAGCGAUAGUGGACGCAGAAUACAACUUUCUGACCACAGGAUAGCAAUUCUAAGGAAAGAAUCUUCAGUUAUAGACUGAGUCGUGCGAGGAGAACAGUAGAGAACGCAUUUGGGAUUUUGUCAGCCAGAUUUAGAGUUUUACGAACUACAAUAUUAUUAGAUCCAGAAAAAACUACUACUUUAAUUAUGACAUGCGUGCUACUGCAUAAUUUUAUAAGAAAAACUGAAUCGAGCAUGAUUUACGCUCCAUCUCAAUACUAUGAUGGAGAUGACAUAGUAACUGGUACACGUAUCGAUGGACAAUGGAGAUUAGAACAGCAGCAAUUAACACCACUUGAAGCAUGUGAAUCCCUGACAGAUGAUGGGAAAGAAAUAAGAAAAGAAUUCGCAGAAUAUUUUUCAAAUGAAGG